CGUCUGCCCCCGCCGGGGCGGGACACACGGAGCCGGACCCCCGCAGGGGAGGAGGGGCAGAUCCAGAACCCAGUGGGGGUAGGAGAGGGACAGACAGACGCAGACCCCCGCGGCGGGAGGGAGAGGACAGACAGACCCGGAGCCCAGCAGAGGGACAGACAGGUCCAGACCAGCAGGGAGUGCAGAGGAAGGGAGAGACAGACAGACAGACAGACCUGGACCCUAGUGCCACACCAGUGAGUGGAAGGAGAGGGCACCUUGCUCUGGGCAGAGUGGGCACAGCAGGGCAAGGACUGGCCUGUCGCCUCCCCACCAGGUUUGGCUUCCCUUGCUGGGUGGGGCAGCUGGCAUGAGGGCAGAGGUGCCACUGUCUUUUGCAGGGUCCCGGGCUGGAGGUGGCUGCAGAGAGGCAGAGACAGCCGGGGAGGAACGGAGCAGCAGCAGUUGCUGUAGCAGCGAGCGCCUAGUGAUCAACAUCUCUGGGCUGCGCUUUGAGACCCAGCUGCGGACCCUGUCCCUGUUUCCGGACACGCUGCUGGGGGACCCGAGCCGCCGGAUGCGCUUCUUCGACCCGCUGCGCAAUGAGUACUUCUUCGAUCGGAACCGACCCAGCUUUGAUGCCAUCCUCUAUUACUAUCAGUCCGGGGGCCGGCUCCGCAGGCCAGUCCAUGUGCCCCUGGAUGUCUUCAUGGAGGAGAUCCGCUUCUACCAGCUGGGUGAGGAGGCCAUAGAGAGCUUCCGGGAGGAUGAGGGCUUCAUCCAGGAGGAGGAGAAGCCCCUGCCUCAGCAGCAUUUCCAGCGGCAGGUGUGGCUCCUUUUCGAGUACCCAGAGAGCUCUGGGCCAGCCCGAGCUAUCGCCAUUGUCUCGGUGCUGGUGAUCCUCAUCUCCAUAGUCAUCUUCUGUCUGGAGACCCUGCCUGAGUUCAGGCAGGAGAGCAAGGGUACACAGUCGGGCUUUGCGGAGAGUGCACAUGGGGAGGACCAGCUGUUCUUACUCCCUGAGCAGCCAAAUGGCACCCCAACCCCAAUGCACUCCUUUUCUGGUGCCAGCCCCUUCUUCACGGACCCCUUCUUCCUCAUCGAGACCCUGUGCAUCAUCUGGUUCUCCUUCGAGCUGCUGGUGCGCUUCUUUGCCUGCCCCAGCAAGCCCGAGUUCUCCCGCAACAUCAUGAACAUCAUCGACAUCGUGGCCAUCAUCCCCUACUUCAUCACCCUGGGCACUGAGCUGGCUCACGAGCAGCAGCAAAAACAGCAGCCUAGGACCACCAGCAACAACGGAGGCCAGCAGCAAGCCAUGUCCCUGGCCAUCCUCAGGGUCAUCCGCCUGGUCAGGGUCUUCAGGAUCUUCAAGCUCUCCAGACACUCCAAGGGGCUGCAGAUUUUGGGCAAAACCCUCCAGGCCAGCAUGCGGGAGCUGGGCCUCCUGAUCUUUUUCCUUUUCAUCGGGGUGAUCCUCUUCUCCAGUGCUGUGUACUUUGCUGAGACAGAUGACACAGAUUCCUUGUUCACCAGUAUCCCAGAUGCUUUCUGGUGGGCUGUAGUGACCAUGACCACGGUGGGCUAUGGGGACAUGUACCCUAUGACAAUUGGGGGCAAGAUUGUGGGCUCCCUGUGCGCCAUCGCUGGUGUGCUGACCAUAGCCCUGCCCGUGCCUGUCAUUGUGUCCAACUUCAACUACUUCUAUCACCGAGAGACGGACCAGGAGGAUCAUUGUCAGUACACCCAUGUGACCUGUGGCCAGCAGCAAUCUCCUUUCUUGGAACCUAAAAAGGGGGACAGCAAUCAGUCCCUCAGUAAAUCAGAAUUUCUGGAGGCAGAAGAUUUAGACUCUAUGAAAUAUCCCAACUUCAUUCCAACCCGCAGCCAGGGCUACAAAGGGAAGAAAAUGCUGACAGAAGUGUGAUCAUCUUUUCUAACAGGGUGUGAAACUCUCAGGAAAAGACUGGAAAAGCGGGAUGUGACAGCUUCUUCAAGAUUGCUGAAGGACUUAGAGAAAACAAUUCAAGGUGGUUUGUUGCUGACAGUCGAGUGUCAAUUCUGGGCCGGAGAAACAAGCACUGACUGGUAGGAUUGCAUCGUAUUGCAGGUUUGAGACAAUCAGUAGUAGCUGCAGAACUUUUGAUUAAACAGGCCACAUUCCUGGAUCUGUUGUGCUGAGCUCACCCCAGCCCUUCGGUGCAACGGCACCCAAAUGAGGCCAUAUACAAGUCAUCUCAGCAGCACCCAGGAAAGACUCAACUACCAGCUUAGCAGGUAUACAGCGACAUUAGAAUGUGCUUUUGGUACUCUGAUAGGACAUUGGCAGUGUGUAUUCACAAAACUGCAUCUCAGAAAAAGAGCACUUCACAAGUCAGUCCCAGGAAUAUGCUCUAAUCUUGGAGGGCUGUUAAGAAUAUUGUAGCAUAGUGCUAUUUGUACAUUUAUAAAUAUUACCCUGGUGUCUUUUGCUGAAGCUAUGACAUCUGUAUUGCUUGCAUUUAUUUAUGUGUAUUUGUUUAUAUAUGCAUAUAUAAUUAUUACAAUGUGUAUUUCUCUGCACCUGUGAAUUUUGUGGUCCUAUACAAUUAUAAGAAGUGGGUACUGUGAAUAUCACAGUGCAUUGUGCAACGUGUGUUGUGAACUAAGAAGUGAGUUUAUUUAAAAACAAACUGCAUACCAUAAACAGUGAGGAAACCCAAGGUGCAAAUAAAAGUCCAUGUAGUAUAAGCUUCUAACAUAAAUUAAUGGAGCGGACCUUUAAUAUUAGACAAAUAGGAAUGUUUUCUGCCUAUGUCAGUGGGCAAAUGUAGUCCCUUUUGGCUACCCACACACCAGCUAUGACUCUCACGGAUCAGCAUAUGUGAAGGGGUGGUUUUUUUGCAGUCCUCUGGCAUGAUGUGACAGGGGUAGGGAUGUGGCACAGGAUGACGUGGACUAUAGGGAGCUGCUGCACUGGAGUCUUCUGUGUGCAUGGAGGGAGCAAUCCUCAAGGGCUUAAUGGCAGAUAAAACAGGCGUGUGACUGGGUUUACAGUCAUGGCAGAAAAGGAGAGAAAGGUUUCAAAACUUGCUCUCAGGAUAUGUCUACAAGAGCACUUUUGUCAGUGUAACCAAUGUCACUCAGGGUUGUGAAUCUCUCCCCACCCUAAGUGAUACAGGCUACAUUAAGAGAAGCACAAUCAUGGCUAGGGAUAUGGCAGCUCAGGAAAUUAUCUGCCAACAUAGCUACUGCUGCUCAUUGGGGGCAGUUUAAUUAUGUCAUUGGAAGAGCUCUUGGCUGCCAGCAUAGAGUGGCUACACAGGAGACCUUCCAAUGGCACAGCUGUAUGAAUCCAUUUUUCCCAUGACAUUUUCUAAGGAGACAUGGUUAUUGGCACUUCAGGUUUGGAUUGCCUCUGCAGAGCAGACUAAGGGGAAGGAGGAGGGAAUUCAUAUUUUUGGUUGCAUGAACCAAAAAACUGUUGACCCCUGUUUGCAUGGGUGCCAUUAUGGGGCAAUGACACAGAACGCUGGCACUGCUUCCCACAGCCAGUAAUGAUUUUAGCUCAGAGCUCAUGUCUGAUGGUUAACAAAGGCACAGAAAGCACAGGACUGCUGGCAUCCUAAGGCCGUCCAGGCCCAUAUGCCACUGUCCUGUUGUGUGCAAUGGUGCCUGCCAAAGUCAUUGCAGACUGGUGUGGGAAAGUGUCCUACUGCAGAGGAAGAAAAAAGGCUGCCACCCCUAGAGCCCUUUGGGAGAGGUUUUCAGACUUUCUCUGUCAAAGUGUUACACGGAUCUCAUAAGAGGGUAGAAGGGACAUCCUUAUGUACAUAAACUGCUCCCCAUAGGCUGCCCCCUUCAUCUGCCCUAUAGGGGGAUGAAAAGCAUGCAAACAAUGAAAAGUCAGUACCCAUGUUCUGCUAAUUUGGGGAUGUGCCGAAUGCCAUCUUUACAUUUCAACACAGUAAGGAAAAUGCAUAUACAUGCUUACCUGACGUCUCUGUCUCAGGCUAUUCCAGGGUAUCCACAGUGGCCUACAAAGGCUGGUAGGGUCUCCACCAAGUGUGGUGUGAAGCUUGUAAAAGCGGCAGGUCUCUGACUCGUCACCAGAGUCGUUGCUGGCCUCCCUGGCCUUGUGGUGUGUCCGCCAAAGUUCCUUUGUUUUCCUGCGGUGCCAUUCCUGAUCCCCGUUACACCCCUUCCCUUGCACCCCCUGUGCAAUCUUGUCAUAGAUGUCCAUCCACAUUUCUACCGCUAAUCCCUAGCUGUGUCUGCACAGCCUUUUCUCUCCAAAGGCCCAGGAGAUCCAACACCUCCUGACUACUCCAGGUACAAGUGCAGAGUUUAAAAUUGUCACCAGAACAGUUGCUGUCACAGGGAACAGAACAUUGUGGGCCAGCUGAUGAUGUACCUCCAUGAUCAGCACAGGUCACAUAUUGUUUGUAUUGAUCCCAGUAGAACAAACAUAUUUCCGCCCUGUUUGAGGAGGUUGUUUUACUGGUUACUUACAACAGUUGGAGACAAAUUUGAGUGUAGACACAUGAACAAAUAGGUCGAUGUAAGGUGGAUUGCAUCAACCUAACUUUGUAGUGUAGACCAGACCUCAGUGUGAGCAAGAGAGUCAGAAGCUGACCCUAAAUAACAACUUCCAAACUCAUAUAAGCAGUAAUCACAGCAGAAGUGAUGGACAGAUCAGUUCAAAAAAUGAAUUAUCUGCAUCUCGCACAUGCACACGUACAAUACCCAGAACACCACUCAUACCUGAAAUGAAACUUUUCUGAUAUUCAAAGAUGUUAGGAGCCAUCUCACUUCUCUUUGAGGAAAAUGAGGAAAGUCAAUCCAUUUCCCUCCCCAUUCUGUAAGUAUCUAGUAUUAGGCAGCCUAGUUUAAAAACUGUCCAUUCAUCCUUUCAGAACUUGGAUUUUGCAUUUCCUUGGUUUGAAUUGUUACAUACGCAAAAAAAAUACACCACCACCUACAAAAAACACCAAACAAAAACCCCCCUCAAAAAAACCCACAUACUAUUUAUAAAAGUGUAGUCAAGUGCUUGAUUACACUAAUGGUUUGUAAAAAAUGUUUGAGACCAAAUGGCCAAGAAUACCAAUUCCCUGCCUAAAGAUAAAAACAGUACCCAUACAAAAAGGAGACAGGCAUGCCCUUCCUUUUGAGAAGCAAUUCUUAUCUUGCAACACAUUCCCCUCAUACCUGGCAUGGGUUAGCUCCUGGUGGACCCUGACAGCUAUAGUUAUCUGCACAGAAGCUAUAUUUAUCUGCAUUCAACUUGUUUCUCUGAUAAUAUGAUGUAUGGCUCUUAUGUUUUGUUUUGGACAUAGCAUUCUAGGUCCUAAUAGGUAUGAAGACACCUCCUAAGCUUGUACGUAGUGCUGGGCAGUCAUGUGGCUUUGCAGAGAGUAUUGUGGGAUAUAUAUCUCUUGACAUGGCAGGGUUCUUGCUCUCUUGUUACAAGACACAAGCAGUUCCCCAGCCAAUGAAGUUAGUGAGAGUUUAUUUGGAUCUUGCUAUGUUAGAAUUAGGGCUGCUUGAGUGUAAAUGACCAACUGUUUAACCAAUAAGUGGGUUAACCAUUGGAACAAUUUAUGAAGAAUUGUACAGGUUGUACCUCCCUUCACUGGGA